AUGUCGACAACUGAAUUGUCCAUCAGAUCGAGAACCGCUACUACUGAUGUUGGCGCUAUAUGGAAAGCAGCGUUAGUUCGCUACGAGGCGAUCACUACCGUGAAGAUCGAAAGUCUAGGCGCUGCUAAUAAUGUAGAAGAAAUCUUGGCCGAUAUACAUGAGAGAGAAACCAAGUUCAAAACCUAUCGCCAUGAUAGUUCUAAAUUGGACAGAUUCAGGUCGCUCGUGAGUAGGAGCCUGGGCACUAUCGAGAAGUUGAGUAAUAUGGUUGCGCAAGCGGUUUCAACUUUAUUCCCUCCCAGCACUGCCAUUUUCACAGCAGCCGCGGGCUCUGUCUCUGCAGAUUACGAUAAAAUUACUGGACUGUUUGAAGAUUUGGAUCUAUACCUAAGUAGGCUCAAGAUCUUAGAGACAUGGGUCCCUUCUGUGCCGGAACUGGAAGUAGCCCUUGCUGAGGUCCUCGCAUCCGUUUUGUGUCUCUGUGCCAUAUCUGCAAAGUACAUUAAGGUAAAGAGAAUUGUCAAGGCGUUUCGAAACCUAACCUCGGGCGAAGACGACGAACUUGCAACCGCUUACGCGCACUUCCACAAAAUGGUUCAGCAUGAACAUGGCGCAAUUCGAAAUGUAACUUUGGCAGGCGUAGGGCGAUUGCAGAAAGAAUCGACUGCUAUAUACGCAGUUGUGCGGGAAGGCCUAGAUAUAGCGGGACGUACAGACUCAAAUACUCAGACCCUUAUAAACCGAACAGAACGCCUGGAAAAAUAUCUAGAGAGUCAUGAGGCUACAAUUCAGCGAGCUGAUAUACUAGCAAAGCUUUCGUCGCUCAACUUCCAUGAGAAGCAAAAUGAUAUUUUCGCAAAGUGCCAUCAUGGCACUGGCCAGUGGCUAAUACAAGCUGACGAAUUCGAAGGGUGGUUGAAAGGUGAAGGAUCCUCAAUACUUUGGUGCCCCGGAAUUCCGGGUGCUGGAAAGACCGUUCUGACAUCUCUCGCGGUAAACCAUACCCAAAAGGUCACUCGAGGAACCGAAGCAGCCAUUGUGUACAUAUAUUGCGACUACAAGGAUCCAAAGACCCAAUCCGAGCUCGAGCUUAUGUCUAGUAUAACGCGACAGUUAACCGAGCAGACAAGCCCAAUUCCUCUUGAAGUGCAAAAGUUCUGCGAAGAGAAUGUCAGGAACAGACGAAAUCCCACGGGCAACGAGUGGACCUCACUUAUCAAAUCAAUCUCUCUCCUGUUUCGAACAACUUAUUUGUUCAUUGAUGCCCUCGAUGAGUGCCCUGAGAUCAACAGAGACAAUUUUCUCUCUUUAAUUGGCAAGAUUGAGCCAUUUGUCCGGCUGUUCAUCACCUCUCGCCCACACCUAGACCUGAAGGCAAAAUUUCCAACCAUACGUCGAAUCGAUAUCUCAGCCAGUGUGUCGGAUGUCAAGACUUAUUUGGAAAAUGAAAUAAGUACAAACAACAGAUUGUCGUUGUUUACUGCUAAAGACAGUCAUUUGAGGGAAGACAUAAUCAAAUGCGUGAGCGAAAAGACCACUGGAAUGUUCCUCUUUGCCUAUCUCCAGAUUCAGCACUUGUGCCGGCAACAAAGUCUCAAAAUGGUUCGCAAAACUAUGGAUAAAUUCCGAAAAGGCGUCCUUGAGUUCUAUGGGGAGGCAAUGAUGAGAAUCCAGAAUCAAGAAGAUGAGGAUAGUGAAUUAGCAAUAAAAGCACUCUCGUACAUAUUCUGUGCUAGAAGACCGCUAGUUAUAGAGGAGCUCCUCCACGCCUUGGCCGCAGAAGCUGAUGAGACAGAUUUAGACGAAGCCGCUUUUCCGGAUAUCGAAAUCUUACUCAGCGUUUGUGCUGGUCUCAUCAUGAUUGAUGAAAAUACUGGCAUCGUGGGGCUAGUACACUUCACUUUACAAGAGUAUCUAGAAGACAAUCCUGGGAAACUUCUGCCAGACCUUGAAGUGGAGAUGGCAAGAGCUUGCCUGACCUACUUGAAUUUUGACGCCUUUGAAGAAGGUCCGUGCCAGGAUGAAAAUGAACUAUCUCAACGCUUGCAGAAGUACCAAUUCCUCGACUACGCGUCUCGCAACUGGGGAUUUCAUGUUUUGGGAGGGCAACUUCACGAGAGAGUCAUAGACCUAGUUUUGAGGUUUUUAAAGGAUGAGCCAAAGCUGUCUUCUUCGAUCCAGAUACUGUACCUCGUAGGACAUCGAAUCAAGGACUGGCAGGGUCGUUUUCCUGAGCAAUUCAAGCCUUUACAUGUUGUCGCUUACUGGGGUCUAGACAAGAUUCUUACCAUUCUAUCGGAACAAGAGACAGACGUCGAUAUCCGUGAUAGCGACGGCGCAACAGCGUUGCAGCUAGCUGCAAGGAACGGCCACAUGUCGGUAAUACAGCUGCUACUAGCUAAUGGAGCCGAUGUUAACACGAAAAAUGACAAGGCAGAGACGGCUGUUUACUGGGCCGCCAGGAAUGAGCAUACAGCAGUACUGGAACUGCUCCUUCUAGAAAAAGCACAUGUCCUUACAAAAGAUUACGAAGGGUGGACUGCGCUGGACUGGGGGGUGCUAGGAGGGAACAAUGAAGUACUGAGGUUACUACUCGAGCAUGGCACCGACAUCAGCGCCAAUGAUGAUGAUGGAAGAAAUAAGGCACUGUGUCUAGCGGCUGAAGAAGGACAUGAACUAACUGUACAAAUGCUAAUAGACAACGGGGCCAAGGUCAACGCGCAGGAUGCACUAGGCAGUACGGCACUGGACUUUGCAGCACCAUCAGGGCAUGAAAAGACAAUGCGGGUACUUCUGCAAAAUGGUGCAGACGUCAGGUCUAGAGAUAUCUACGGAAAUAGUAUCCUACAUUUAGCGGUUAACCAUAAGGCACUAGUCCAGCUACUGCUAAAGUACAAGGUUGACAUCGAUGCUACGAAUGACAAUGGCCAACCGGCACUGAGUUUGGCCGCGCAAGAUGGGCCACCAGAAGUUGUGGAACUCCUUCUUCAACACGGGGCCGACGUCGAUAGAAAAGAUAAGUUUGGGUUUACGGCACUGCACCGAGCCGUCUUGAGGCGCCGCGAAGCAACAGUGAGACUGUUGCUGGACUAUGGCGCCAGUUCCAACGUCAAAGAUAAGAAUGGCUGGACACCACUGCAUGUCGCAGCCCUGAAAGGACACGAGGUUCUUGUCCAAGUACUGUUACCUCUAGUUGAAGAUGGAAUGGCGAUACUAGAUUGGGCUGCCUUGCAACUACCAGAAAAGAAGGCGGAGGCGAGCACUGCACUCACGGGCCUGCGCGAAACCAUUCAAAAGCAACAGCUUGGUAGAUCGCAGGUUCUAUUAGAUAGAAAGGCAGACGUAGAUGGAAAGGAUAUCGGAGGAUGGACCGCUCUAAUCAUAGCCGCAACGAAGGGCCACCAAGAGUCUGUGAAAUUACUGCUAGACAAUGGGGCCGACGUCAACAUAAGUGGAUAUGACGGACGGACUGCGUUGCACUGGGCAUGCGACUGCGGGAAUGAGGAGGUUGUGCAGCUUUUGGUCGAGAACGGGGCGGAUGUCAACGCGAGUGCAUACGGAUGGACAGCCCUGCUUCUAGCCGCCAAGAGCAGUUAUAUGUCAAUAGUCUUUUGGCUCAUCCAGAAUGGAGCUGAUGUCAACGCCGAUGAUUACCAUGGACGAACAGCACUACACUGGGCCGCUAAACAUGGUAGCGAAACGAUAGUGGAGAUGCUGGUCGAAAAGGGAGCUAACAUUGAUGCACUGGAUCGUUGGGGACGGACGGCGAUAGUAUGGACAGCGGAGAAUACGGAAGAAUCAGUGGUUCAAAUUCUGUUGGAUUUGGGGGCAGAUGUGAAGGCGAAAUCGCGGUAUGAUCUUACCGUACUACACAUGGCGGCUUUCAAGGGUUGGCAUUCAAUUGUGGCCCAGCUGCUCAAACAGGGAGCUAACGUCGAGGCUGAAGCCUACUGGGGUAGAGCCCAGGAGAUCGAAUAUGAAGAGUGUGAAGUGGAAAUGGCGGAGGCGCCACUCAGCGGAUUUCUUUGCCAGUGGUUUGGGUUGGGAUCAAAGAAUGGCUUAACACCGCGACAGCUUGCGGUUAGUAGUGGGCAAGUCGCGGUACUGAGGCUCCUGGAACAAGGUUAG